CAAGAUUCAAGAGUAAAAUAAUUUAAAUCGCUGAAGCGCUCAAACGUUGUCGGUUACCGAUUGCCUUUUCAUUCUUCCGUCUCCAAUAAUCAGAUUUCUCCAUUUUCAAAUUUACAGUGCCCUGAGAAACUCUUACGCUAGGGUUUUAUGUCCUUACAAAAUUGUCAUUUUCGGAUUCGAUUAGGAUCUGAUAUCGUUUUCCUUCGUUGGUGCCUGUGACCAUGUCGGCAUCAACUGUCUCCAUAACAGCGAAUCCGGCGUCGACUCGCCGGAGGCCGGUGGUAGUCGGAGAAAAGAAAUCUAAUGUGGAGUUGUUGCCUACCGAACCACAAGCAAAUGGCGGUUCCGAGAAAGAUAGAGCCGCCAGCGUCCUCGAGAGGUCCUCUCGCGACUUGGCGCAGGCAAAGAAGACCGUAGCAGUAUCAACUAUAUCUCCUCGCCGCUCCCGGAAGGUCCCAGCGAAGCCGGAGAAGCCUCGGUGGCUAACAGUGGUUAGCAUCUUCACCAAGAACUUCUUGCUUCUUCUAGUGUUGGGGGGGUUGGUUCAGAUGGUAUGGAGGUUAGCCUUGAAAACUCGCGAUCCAUCUAUCGAGGGAUCAUCCGCGGGAUUUUCGGAAUUGGAGGGACGGAUUGCGGAAGUUGAGGGGUUGGUGAAAACUACUUCCAAAAUGAUCCAGGUCCAAGUGGAGGUCGUCGACAAGAAGAUCGAUAGAGAAAUUGGGAGGCUGCGGGGGCAGAUGAACAAGAAGAUAGACGACGAAACUGCAGUUCUGAAGGGUGAACUGCAGAAAAUAGAGGCCAGGAGCGAGGGGAUGGAAAAGUCCCUGAGCGAGUUGGGGGCGGCAGAUUGGCUUUCCAAAGAGGAAUUCCGGAGGAUCUACGAGGAGUUAAAGAAUGGGAAGAGUGGUCAGUCUGAUGAAUAUGAUGUGCGUUUGAAUGACUUGAGAGCGUAUGCGAGGGACAUUGUUGAGAAGGAGAUUGAGAAGCAUGCGGCGGAUGGGCUUGGAAGGGUGGACUAUGCGCUGGCGUCAGGUGGGGCAGUGGUUGUUAGGCACUCUGAGCCCUAUCUGGCUGGGAAGGGGAGUAACUGGUUGUCUAUAAACAGUCGAAAUAGGGUUCACAAUGAUGCUUCUAAGAUGUUGAAACCUAGUUUUGGGGAGCCAGGGCAGUGCUUUCCGUUGAAAGGAAGUAGCGGGUUUGUCCAGAUUAAGCUGAGGACGGCAAUUGUACCAGAGGCUGUUACUUUGGAGCAUGUUGCCAAGAGAGUAGCUUACGACAGAUCAAGUGCUCCGAAGAAUUGCCGUGUGUCUGGUUGGCUGCAAGGUCAGGAUAGUGACUCACCGAUUGAUGCAGAGAAGAUGUUUCUUUUGGCAGAGUUUACUUAUGACUUGGAGAAGAGCAAUGCUCAGACGUUCAAUGUGCUAGACUCAUUAGGAACCGGCAUCAUUGAUAAUGUGUGGCUAGAUUUUACAUCCAACCAUGGAAGCCCAUCCCACACUUGUAUUUACCGGUUGCGAGUUCAUGGUCGCGAACCUGAUUCUGUCUCAGUGGUGGCAAAGCAAUCCUGAUGGAGGCUCUCCCCCUUGUAAUUUUGUUGUGUGACUCUUGUAUUCUGUGUUUAGGUCCUAGUUUGGGAUUAUGUAGAUACUGACUUCUGAUUUAGAUUUUUAUUAGCUCAUGUUACUAUAUUACGAAAUCGGAUGUGCAUGUAUGUUGUUGUUUGAGGAAGGUUCUCCUUGUCUAAUUGACAGUGAGAGGAUUGAGCAGGAAUCACUAAAAGUCUUGGAGGUCAUAGGCUCACCUUUUUAUUGGAAUGGCCUCAUGGUUGGAACUAAUGAAUUCUAAUUGAGUUGGGGAAUUUAUUUAUAAA